AUGGGGAUGCUCCGGUUAUUAUUGUCCAGUUUACUGGUUUCUGUUCAUGGCUAUCCAUCAGCCUAUAUAGUGGAGAGCAGAGCCCUGUCGAUGUAUGAUGACUCCUACUAUGAGUAUGUGCCGGAUCGGCUGCAAUGGCAUGAGGCAGGACGGCUGUGUAACCAGCGCUCAGGGGCCCUGGCCACCGUCUCCAACCCUUUAGAGAACCAAGAGCUGAACAGCUUCUUAAAGUCCUUGAACAUCUCUCAGCCUGUGUGGAUUGCCGGGAAAGUCAUGACACAUCUAAAAAGUCCCUUGGAGACCUUGAUUCUGGAGUUCACUGGGCGCUCGGACAGGAAGAAUGCUCGCCUCCUGCACAAGUUCUCCUCCAUGGUCUCGGUGACUGUUUGUACCCGUCUCCGCUUCAAUCCGAGCUGCUUCGGAUUUUCCACCAUCUUCUCUUAUUCCAUCCAGUCAUACAUUAAUGAGUUCCAGCUCCGUGCGAGCCUGAUCCAGGGCAGGCCUGUGCAGCUGGCUCUGCUGGUCCAUGGCACUCAUGGGCCGUACCAUGAAGCCUUCGCUCAUGACGGCUCUUGGCACUCAGUCUGCGUCUCUUGGAGUCAAAAUGGCGGACGCUGGGCCCUGUUUACCGACGGCCUUCUGGUCGGCAAGGGUGACGGCCUGCAUGGCACCGUCAGCAUCGGCCCCGAUGGUCUUUUCAUCAUCGGGCAGGAGCAGGACACCUUCGGGGGCUCGUUCAAGAAAGACGAGUCGUUCUCAGGGAGCAUCACGGAGCUGCACAUUUGGGAGCGGGUUCUAAAUGACAGUGAAAUCCACACCAUGGAAAAACAGUGCUCACCCAUUUCCUCUGGGCUGGUGUUCAAGUGGAGUGGUGCAGCCGUGGAAAUAGAGUCCUCCCUCAAGAGGCUGUGGAGGGACAAUCCAUGUCAAGUAACCCCUAUGAAUCGCUAUUUUGUGGAUGCAAGCUCUCUGCUGUAUCACAACUUCUCCUUGGACGUGAUCAGUGCUCCUCAGGCUGGGGAGUGCGUGACCUUUGACCCUGUGAAUGGCAGCUGGGGCCUUGACAAGUGUGACUCAUCCAGAGAGGCCGUCUGCCAGUUUGAGAAAGAAGGGGUGGAUGUCUCUGGCUUUCCCAAGACACCACUCUUCAGCAGGCUGAGCAAGGAUCCUCUGGCCAAACCUCUGAUGGAGGAGCUGAGCAUCAAUGCCUCCUGGGAAAGAGACCUGGGCUCCCUGCAGCACCUGACUCAGGUUCUCCUGGACAUCAUGAAGGUCGACAACGCUGACGUCCUCACCUCCAGUGAUGUCCUCUACCUGACCCAGAUGAUGGAACGGGGCCUGACUGCAGUGGCUAGCACUGGUACUGCUGGGGCCGAUGUGGCGGAGGUCAUGAUGUCGAUUGCCACCAACUACCUGAAGCUAGCCAGUUUGAUGCUUGAGCCCCACAUGGCCGCACACUGGAUUGGUCUGACAGACGAUGGGGUCAGCUUGGGGCCGUUCACCGUUGUGAGGAGUAUUGACAGACUCACGGAGGCCCUAGCAGACGUGCUGUGUGCUGAAAGAAAAAGCUUCACUCUCGCUACCAAAAACAUAGAUGUGUACAUGGAAUGGCAGAGGCUGUCUGAGGCGAGCUGCAACCGAGUCUUCAAGCCGUCAGCGCUCAGCUCGCACACCAGCAGCAGCAGCCAGGAUGAGCUGCUGAUCCCUGACAGUGAGCUGCACAGGAUACACAAGCUGGGUUAUGAGGAGGUGAUGUUCAUUCAUACCUACUACAGCCAUCUGAAUGACAUCCAGGCUGCAGCAGCACAGGAGCCGUCACCAAAACACCAGCAAAGCAGUGUUCUCCCAGGCCUGUUGGCCUCCGCCGUGAUAUCAGCCACUGUCCGAGACGCCGCCAAGGCCCGGACCGUCCCUGUGGCCGUCCAGUACACCCUAUCCUCCUCAAACGUGGAGUAUUCACAGCAAGUCACGCCUGUUUGUGCCUUUUGGAAUUUCAGCCUGAUAGGGCAUGCCAAUAGCUGGGCCAACGACGGCUGCAAGGUGACGUUUGAAGGGUCUGAUGUCACUUCCUGUCUGUGUAACCACACCACCAACUUUGCAGUGCUGAUGAACUACCUGGAGUCCAAGUGGAGUCGUGAGGAAGAGCUCAUUUUGACCAAGCUGACGUUCAUCGGCUCAGGCGCCUCUCUGUGUGCGUUGGUCAUCACCUUGAUGCUGUUCACCGUGCUGGACAUCCCCAAAUCUGACAGGACGUCCAUCCAUAAGAACCUGUUCAUCGCUCUGAUCUGUGCUCAGGUGGUGCUGCUGUGCAGCGGCUCAGCCAUCCACAACAAGGUGGCGUGCACGCUGGUGGCAGCGCUGCUCCACCUCUUCUUCAUGGCGGCGUUCAGCUGGAUGCUGGUGGAGGGUCUGCUGCUCUGGAGCAAAGUGGUCGCCGUCAACCUCAGCGAGGACCGACACAUGAAAUACUACUAUCUCAUCGGCUGGGGUCUGCCGGUGCUGAUCGUCACCAUCACGUUGGCGUCUGCCUCCGGAAAAUACUCAGCUGAUGGCCACUGUUGGCUCAGUGUCCAGAACGGAGUCAUCUGGGGCUUUGCCGGGCCCGUCAUCUUCAUCAUCAUGGUGAACAUCAUGGUACUGACCCGGGUGGUGGUCAUCACCAUCUCCACAGCAAAAAGAAGGUCCAUCAUGCUGGCCAUGGGCACCAGUCCUGUGGAACAGGCCUACGAGCAAAUCAGGGCUGCGGUGAAAGCAGUGUUGGUGUUGCUACCCAUCCUGGGACUGACAUGGCUAUGUGGUGUCCUGGUGCCCUUUUCCAUUGUUAUGGCCUAUAUCUUCAUUCUCCUCAACUCUCUGCAGGGCCUGUUCAUCUUCCUGAUAUAUGGGGUGUACAACACAGAGGUUCGGAGCACGGUCAACAGGAUCAAGGAGAGGAGAAAAGCUCUUAAUUUUUCAAACUGUGCCAGUUCCCGACCGUCCAGCUCAGUUACCAGCUCUCGUCCUGCCAGCUCCCCGCUGUCGGGGGCCCCAGGACCGCAGACACCCAGCCAGGAGGAGGAGGCCAUGCCUGCCAACCCUUACCCCACUGCCACAGCCAUGGGAGAGGAAGAAGAGAAGGCCAUUGCUGACGUUAGGCCAAACCUGGCUCCCAUGACCCAGAGCUACGAGCCACCGCACCCCUUAUCACACAGAGCCAUCAGUGAACUGCCCCUCAUCUUUAACCCCCCUGCUACUCUCCAAUCAGUGGUGUCAGUCAGAGACCUGCAUCCCAGUGGGGGAAGUCACCUCCCCUGGGCCACACUGUCCCACAGCCUGUCCGUCAAACUUCCAAAAACUUAA